AUGAGUGGGAAGUCCUUGCUCUUAAAAGUCAUUCUGCUUGGGGAUGGUGGAGUUGGGAAGAGCUCCCUCAUGAACCGCUAUGUCACCAACAAGUUCGACUCGCAGGCUUUCCACACCAUUGGUGUGGAGUUCUUAAACCGGGACCUGGAGGUGGAUGGACGUUUUGUGACCCUCCAGAUCUGGGACACUGCGGGACAGGAGAGAUUCAAGAGCCUGCGGACUCCCUUUUACAGGGGAGCAGACUGCUGCCUGCUGACCUUCAGUGUGGACGACCGGCAGAGCUUCGAGAACCUCAGUAACUGGCAGAAGGAGUUUGUCUAUUAUGCUGAUGUGAAGGACCCUGAACGCUUUCCAUUUGUAGUCCUGGGCAACAAGAUAGACAAAAACGAGAGACAGGUGAGCACAGAGGAGGCCCAGGCCUGGUGCAUGGAAAACGGUAACUAUCCAUACCUGGAGACUAGUGCCAAGGAUGACACCAAUGUGGCAGUGGCCUUCGAGGAGGCUGUGCGACAGGUGCUGGCAGUGGAGGAGCAGCUGGAGCACUGCAUGCUGGGCCACACCAUUGACCUGCAUUCCAGCUCCAAAUCAGGCUCUUCCUGCUGUUAA